CCCCGACCGGCGAGGGGAGGAGGGGAGGAAGCGGAGGUUGCGCCGGGGAGGCCUCGGGCGGGCUGGGGCCUGGCCCUGGCCUCGGUCGGGGGACCCGGGCUUCUUCCGGCUUCCCAGCCCCGGCCAGUUCUUUGGGUUCCCUUAGGCGCGCCAAACUGGUCCUUCCCUCCCCCCCAUCCCCCCCACGGGUGUGAGAGCCUCGCUCGCCACCCUUGUCCAGCCUUCGGUCGUUGUCACCUGGGGCGCGGAAGGGAACGACCAGCCCUCGAACUGGGACCGGGUCCCACACUUUAUUACAGUCCUCUACGCGGGAAGCCUCAGUGUUCUCCUCGGUGAAAUGGGGUCAAGAAUUGAUGCGGCCUCGAAGGGUGUUGGUGAAUUCAGGGAGGGAGUUAGUACAUGAACAGAAGCGUGAAAUGCCAACAGGUAACGUCCUAUGAGACCGACCCAGGAACUUCGUGAAUGUGUCACCUAAUGUCCACAGCGCUCUUCCGGAGUUGUCCCUACUCAGAGGAGCGGAAAUCGAGGUGCAGAGAAAUGAAACAGCCGUAGAAGUGCAAAGCUGUGAGUCCUGAUUCUAGAGAUAGCUGCUGUUGACCUGUAACCCUAAGGACGAAAUAGCUGGCUAAACUCAUUCUUGGUACAGGUGUACACCAUGUCCUUGAAGAUUCAGACCAGCAAUGUAACCAACAAGAAUGACCCCAAGUCCAUCAACUCUCGGGUCUUCAUUGGGAACCUAAACACAGCUGUGGUAAAGAAGUCAGAUGUGGAAACCAUCUUUUCCAAAUAUGGCCGUGUGGCCGGCUGCUCUGUGCACAAAGGCUAUGCCUUUGUCCAGUAUGCCAAUGAGCGUCAUGCCCGGGCAGCUGUGCUGGGAGAGAAUGGACGGGUGCUGGCUGGACAGACUCUGGAUAUCAACAUGGCUGGGGAGCCCAAGCCCAACAGACCCAAGGGGCUAAAGAGAGCAGCAACUGCCAUAUACAGUGGCUACAGCUUUGACUAUGAUUACUAUCAAGACUACUUCUAUGCCAGGCUGUUUGAUUAUCGAGGCCGCCUUUCUCCAGUGCCUGUGCCCAGGGCAGUCCCAGUGAAGCGACCCCGUGUCACGGUCCCUUUGGUUCGCCGUGUCAAAACUACAAUACCUGUCAAACUCUUUGCCCGUUCCACAGCCAUCACUACUGGCUCAGCCAAGAUCAAGUUAAAGAGCAGCGAGCUACAGACCAUCAAAACAGAGCUGACACAGAUCAAGUCCAACAUUGAUGCCCUGUUGGGUCGCUUGGAACAGAUUGCUGAGGAACAAAAGGCCAACCCAGAUGGCAAGAAGAAGGGUGACAGCAGCAGUGGUGGAGGAGGUGGCAGCGGUGGCGGAGGCACCAGUGGCAAUGCUGGUGGUAGUGGCGGCAACGGUGGUGGCAGCGGCGGCGGCAGCAGCCGGCCCCCGGCCCCCCACGAAGACACGGCCUCUGAGGCAGGCACACCCCAAGGAGAAGUCCAAACUCGAGAUGAUGGCGAUGAGGAGGGACUGCUGACACAUAGUGAGGAGGAACUGGAGCACAGCCAGGACACAGAUGCAGAAGAUGGGGCCUUGCAGUAAGCAGGAGAAAUGGCCACCAGCAGAAGGGCAUCACUGUCUCAGGCCUCAAGCCAGGCACUCAUUUCUGGAUGCCAGUUUGUAGCGGGUACCAGAGGAAAGCUGGCAGCAGGCACUCCUCUCCCCAUGCAUCCCAGCCAGUGAGUGCUACAUCCUUUGCAAGUGGAGUUACUGGCCUACCCUUACCCCAUGCACUCUUCCUGUCUGCACUGCCUGGGCCAAAGGGCAGAACACAUUCUGCCCUUCUUCCCCAGGGCAUUCCUAGGCUUGGGGUUUUUCUAUAGGUUUGAAAGUAGGGGUG